AUGGCCGCCGCGUUAUCGGCCCCAGAAAUCUUGCUGAUGGUGCUCGAGCAUCUGGAUUUUCAUCCAUUGCCGUCGAUCACCGUCGCGAACCGGAUGCAUGGCUAUACCGGUUGGCCAGUCUUUGACGUCGGCGCGGUGCGGGCGUUCAGCGAAGUGUGUAGGUCAUGGGCCGCGCUGGCGCAGCCGUUACUCUUUCGCCAUGCCGUCCUGCGCAAGCGCAGGCAUGUGCUGUCCUCUCUGGCGGCCAUUAUUCAUGGCUCGAAGACUAGGGGCCGGCUACUCAGGGAUGCGGUUUAUAGGAUCACGCUCUCCGUUGGACCGGACGAGGAGGAUGCGCAUGCCAUACAACGUCGUCCAAGUUCCAGUGAUGGCCUGUUUCUUGGCGAAAAUCUGGAUCAGCCGCCCAAUACACACGACCUCGUGAACCUGCUGCGCUCAUGCCCAGAUCGAGGUCUACAACUUCUAUGCGUGAACUCCGUCAGAGGGAAGCUGAAUGGUCGGCAACCUCACUCGGAGGAGGCACACCUAGACACGCUCGGUCUCGACGAACGAGCGUUGAGAGCACUGAAGGCCCCUCCCUCUGUCACUUGCCUCUCGGUCUCCACGUGCUCCGACAAACCCGACCGCACGCCAUGGCAACUCCUUUCUCUCUUGGCGCCUACAAUCAAGAUCCUUGCGCUCACCGGAACCGGCCAUAUACCCGAGUACAAUGGCCCUGCACUCACCCAGCUCCGCCUCAACGAGUUCAUCUGGAUGAAAGAGCGCGCCGAGGGCUGGAGCACCAUCCCUUACAUCCUCUCCAGCUCGAUCGGCCACCUUCGCUCGAUCGAAGCGGAAGGAACGCACAUUCAUCCCGCUGACGUCCUCCAACAGCACCGGAUGCACCUCGAGUCGGUUCGCAUCACCCAGAUGCGCUCCGUCUCGUCUCCGCAACAGGCGUGGUUAUCCUAUCCCCGGCUGAAGGAGCUCAUUCUAGAUACGUCUGACUACCACGCGCCGAGGGGUGAGGGGCAGACAUUGCUCGCCUCGGAGACGAUGCAGCACCUCGCGGGGCGCAUCUCGGACGACCUGGAGCUGUGGCACGCGGUCAUGGAGCGCCUGCCUAAUCUGCGCACGGUCACUGUUGGAUGGAAGGACGAUGUGCGAGGGCUUGAGGCUGAGUGUGCGGCGCAGAGUAUCGAGGUUCGGUCAGGGUUCUCGCCACGCGUCUCCCUAUGA